AUGGGAACGGAAGCUAAACUCACCAAUGGAAACACCGUUACCGGAGAACAAACCGGCUCCGCCUUCAAGCUAGUUGGCUUCAACAACUUCAUCCGAACAAAUCCCAUGUCCGACAAAUUCUCAGUCAAAAGAUUCCACCACAUUGAGUUCUGGUGCUCCGACGCCACCAACACCGCCCGACGUUUCUCCUGGGGCCUUGGAAUGCCCAUCGUUCAGAAAUCCGAUCUAUCAACUGGAAACGCAACUCACGCCUCCUACCUCCUCCGCUCCGGUCAACUCAACUUCCUCUUCACUGCUCCUUAUUCCCCCUCCAUCUCCUCCGCCGCCACCUCCACCACCGCUUCCAUCCCGUCGUUUUCCCACACUGACUGCCGCAACUUCACCGCCUCCCACGGCCUCGCAGUCCGCUCAGUCGCCAUUGAAGUCGAAGACGCCGAAAUCGCUUUCUCCGUCAGCGUCUCCCACGGCGCUAAACCCUCUUCUUCCCCAAUCACCCUUGGAAAUAACGACGUCGUACUGUCGGAAGUUAAACUCUACGGCGAUGUCGUUUUGCGUUACAUAAGCUUCAAGAAUCCAAACUUUGAUGCCAUAUCUAACUUCUUGCCCGGGUUUGAACCAGUUGAAAAGACGUCGUCGUUUCCUGACCUUGACUACGGUAUCCGCCGUCUUGAUCAUGCGGUAGGCAACGUCCCGGAACUCGCUCCGGCUGUAGACUACGUCAAAUCGUUCACCGGAUUCCAUGAGUUCGCCGAAUUCACGGCGGAGGAUGUCGGCACGAGCGAGAGUGGACUCAAUUCGGUCGUUUUAGCGUGCAAUAGCGAGAUGGUUUUGAUCCCUAUGAAUGAGCCGGUGUACGGAACAAAGAGGAAGAGCCAGAUUCAGACGUAUCUGGAACACAACGAAGGCGCCGGAGUUCAGCAUUUGGCGCUGGCAAGUGAGGACAUAUUUCGGACCUUGAGAGAGAUGAGGAAGCGCAGCGGUAUUGGUGGUUUUGAGUUUAUGCCGUCGCCACCGCCUACUUAUUAUCGGAAUUUGAAGAAUAGAGUCGGAGAUGUAUUGACGGAUGAACAGAUUAAGGAGUGCGAGGAGUUGGGAAUAUUAGUCGAUAGAGAUGAUCAGGGGACUCUGCUUCAAAUCUUCACCAAACCCGUGGGUGACAGCCCAUCAAAUAAGUGGAAGAUUCAUUAA